UCUGUGAACAUUCAUAUCGUACGGAUGCGUGUGCUCCGUAUAUCGUGCUUUGUAUCUUAAGUCGCGAACGCGUUCGUAUAAUCCAAAAUAAGGAAAAAACUGUGCCAAGAGCAUCUACAAAUUAUACAAGUCAAUACCCAACUAUAUAUCUGUUCGCGGCGAAUUGCAAUUUGCAGUUUACAAUGGUCUCUCUCUUGAGCUGAGCAUGCAUGUGUAUUGCUUGCAUGUCGUUGCUUGCCAAAGAAAGUUCAAGUGAAAGCUGCAAUAAAUAGCAAAACAAAAAAAAUACAAAAUAAAAACAAAGAGCAAUACAAAAAAAAAAAAAAUAGAAAUCUUGCAGAGUAAAAUGCUGUCGUCGUUGACAAGGGUAGCACCGCUGGGGGCGCAACCCCGGCUAUCACAUGCGCCGCGCCCCGCCAUCCUACCGGCGGAUAAAAAGUCCAUUCAGCGAAAUCUAUUCGGCAGUUUUCCGGGCUGUGAGGAUAUCGAUGCGAUGAUGAAGCAGGAUGAAGAACUCAAAAUCGAACAAUUGAAAAAACGAUACAAUCUUAAAUUGGAGGACAGUGGAGAAGAGUGCAAUCAUCUGAUCUCAGCGACGUCGAAGCAAUCGAUACUCGUCAUCGACAGCAUCAGCGAGAAAAAAUUAAAAUCUCGUUCCUGCAAGGAGAGAAUAUAUAAACGACAACAAAGCAUCAAAGCUCAAUUGCGUAUUCGCAAAACCCACAAUGUAAACUCGAAUGUGCCAAAUCAAAAGAAGAACAACAACAAUAACAAUAAUAAUAAUAACAACAACAACAACAACAGCAACAAGAACUAUUCUAAGGCUGAUAGCCGUAGUACCGAAAUGGGGGCAGAUGGGGCUAAGAAAGAAUAGAAGCAAUAAUUGAUAUUUAAUUUAUACAAAUUUUAUUAUCUAAAUAAUUUAUGUUUUUUUUUAUGUGUGUUUUUAUUAAUAUUGGCAAUACGUAAAAUGUUAUCGACAUUACUUAAUGUACAUCAAUUUGUAGGACCAUUUGUAAUUAGUAAAUAUAAAUUAAGGAUUAUUGUAGAUCAUCCCAUAAGUUACCCACACACACACACACAUACACACACACACACACACCCACACACACACACUCAUAAACACAUACAUACACCCCUCCCCUAAUUUCAAAGAGUUCUCAGCGUGUUUCUGGCCUCUGCAGCACACGUGUGCCGAAAGUAUUUUUAAUUGUCAUGAUCUCAUGUAAUUUAAUUGAAAUUAUUUAAAAAGCAAUUUACACAGGCAGUUCUACAGUACAACGCUUAAGUUCGUAUAUCUAUUGUACAUUUUGGUAUUCAUUAAUUGUGUAUAGGAAAUACAUUAUGUAUUUCACAUUACGGUUAACAAAAUUUUGAACUACUCAAAAAAAAAAAAAAAAAUACAACACAAACUGUGCAUAUUUCCUUAAAUGAAACUCAAAAUUGUAAAGCUUAGACAACACACAAUUAAAUUAUGAAAAUAAAAAACAAAAAACAAAAAAAAAACAACUACAUAAUACUGCACUUUUUUUCUAGCAAAAAGAAAAACAGAAUCUUGAAAAAAAGAAACAAAAUAAAAA